AUGUCUGGAACUGCCGCCAUUGCCGCAGCCGCCGUCACUCAGCCUUCCAAUAACAUGAGCGUAUCUGGCAACUCCUCCAACAGCUCUGUGGUGGGAUUGCACUACAAAAUCGGCAAAAAGAUCGGCGAGGGCUCCUUUGGUGUUCUUUUUGAAGGAAGCAACAUCAUCAACGGCGUCGCAGUCGCAAUCAAAUUUGAGCCACGCAAAACCGAAGCUCCUCAAUUGAGAGACGAAUACAGAACUUAUAAGCAUUUGCAGGGCUGUGAUGGCAUCCCGAACGCGUACUACUUCGGUCAAGAAGGCUUGCAUUCCAUCUUGGUCAUCGAUUUGUUGGGUCCAUCCUUAGAGGACCUCUUUGACUGGUGCGGUCGCCGUUUCUCAGUGAAAACAGUUGUUCAGGUGGCCGUACAAAUGUUGAACUUAAUCGAGGAAGUGCACCGUCAUGAUCUUAUUUACAGAGAUAUCAAACCCGACAAUUUCUUGAUCGGGCGCCAGGGCUACCCUGACGAAAAUAAGGUCCAUUUGAUUGAUUUCGGUAUGGCUAAACAGUACCGUGAUCCUAGAACUAAACAGCAUAUCCCCUACCGCGAGAAAAAGUCUUUGAGUGGUACCGCCCGUUACAUGUCCAUCAACACCCACUUGGGAAGAGAGCAACUGAGAAGAGAUGAUUUAGAAGCUUUGGGUCAUGUCUUCUUCUACUUUUUAAGAGGACAAUUGCCAUGGCAAGGUUUGAAGGCUCCCACCAAUAAACAAAAAUACGAGAAGAUUGGGGAUAAGAAACGCAGCACCUCAGCGUCCCUCUUGUGUGAGGGAUUGCCAAGACAGUUUGCAGACUACUUGGAUAUGGUCAGAUCAUUGCCGUUCGAGGCUGAGCCAGCAUAUGAAGAAUACCGCAUGUUAAUGGUAUCUAUUUUGGACGAUAUGGGAGUUAACUGUGAUGAUGAUUUUGACUGGAUGCAUCUCAAUGGCGGUCGUGGAUGGGACGCUUCUAUCAACAAGAAACCAAACUUGCAUGGUUACGGCCACCCCAACCCACCUAAUGAAAGGGAAAGACGCCAUAGAGAACUGAGGAGAAAUCGGACUCAUCCCAACGGCCAGCAAGGCAACAAUGCCAUUGCCACUUCUGCGACUAAUAACAACUUGAACACUACUAUGAACCAAUCAGCGCAACAACAACAGCAAUUGAGUGCUGCCCAGUCUCAUCAACGUAAGUUGCAACAUUUGAUCAACAGACCUUUGCCUCCAAUAAGACAAGAUCACCCAACCGAUCCAAGUUCAAAUGUCAAUGCAUCCAAUAACGAUGUUGCAGGUCGUCAAGCCAUGAUGCGCAAUUCUCCUGCCAACUACACCUCCAACGUUCAAAGAGUGGAUCAUUAUGAACAACAGCAGCAUGUUGAAGAGGAGAAGAAGGGCUUUUGGUCUAAGUUCUGCUGUCAAUAG